CAUUGGACGAAGGGCAUGUAGGAAAUACACACCAUAAUAGGGAAGAAGCGUGUUAGGAUGGGAGAGCUGUAGAUUGCAGAAACAUUCCUUCCUUGUGGAAUAGUGAAAGCGUGUUACCCAUACUGCAACCACCUAUAUGGAAACCUGCGAACGUGCAGUACUGGCUUAAGGCAAAAGAACAAUGCCUUCAGGCUGGAAGAGAUUUCUACCUUCAAGGGAAGAAGGACUAAAUCAGCUGUGAUCCUUAAUACUGAACAAUGUUGGAAUCGAAUCUCCUUCAUUUUUGCAGUAUGCCUUCGACUCCCUUAUUUCAAGUACUAAGAAACCACUAAGUUCUGUGCAAAAUUUCAGUUUCUGUCUUUGCAGAGGUGAAAUAAUAUUAAGAAUACUUUCCAGGUCAUUAAAGAUGGAAGAGGCUUUUAAAGAAAUGCAAAUUCAGGUAGCAAAUACUCAGACCACACAAGCAGAGCAGCAGGUGUUACUCAACCAAUUGCUGGUGGAACUGAGAAGAAUUCAAGCAGUGUUGCCCAAAGCACAUCCUCAAUCUACAUUUCAGCAAACAUCAGGAAGAACAGAGACACUGGAACUUGACACUAUUCAACCUUCACAUCUUCUUCAGAAGAUGACAGCUGGGGAGGAUUUUGAAGCCUAUUUACAGACAUUUGAGCAAAUUGCUACUCAGUCUGGCUGGCCAAGAUCACAGUGGAGCAAGAUACUGGGUCCAUUUCUGACUGGAGAGGCUCUAAAGGCAUAUAAUGAGCUGGAGAAUGAAAAAUACAAAGACUAUAAUAAGAUGAAAAAUGAAAUUCAGUCCAGAUUAAGAAUCUCUUAUGCCUUAAGUGGACAGAAGUUCAAUGAAUGGAAGUUUCAAGUUGGUAGUUCUCCAAGAAGCCAGCUGUUUGAUUUGUGGCAUACUGCCCGAAAAUGGCUAGAACCUGAAACUCUGGAUAAGGCCCAAAUUGUGGAAAGAGUUGUCAUUAACCGCUUUAUUCAAGGACUCCCUGAAUCCUUGAGAGACAAAGUUUCUGCUUUAGAUUAUUCUAGUCCAGGAGAGCUGCUUGCAAAAGUAGAGCAUACUGUAACUUCUCAAGCCAUGAAAAACGAUCUACAACUAAAGAAGAGGAACACCAGCCCCAAGAGACUUCUGAGAUACAGUGGAAAAAUUGUGCCAAGAGCCGGAGUAUUUGACGAAAGGUUAAGGGUGUGUGAUGGUGGAAAACACAAAUUAAGUAUCCAAGAUCUAGAGAAAGAAUCAAAGUCUUCAAAUAGUACAGACUGUUGCUUCCGGUGUGGAGAAUAUGGACACAUUUCUCCCCACUGUCAACUAUCUGAAGAAGAGAUGGACUGUAGCUUAGUGAAAAGGUUUAACACUUCUCUAGCAUAUGCACUAAGGAACAGUCAGCAAGAUAGACUGACAUCACCACGUGUUGUGACUGUCUCUUUAAGUGGAACUUUAACAGAGGCUUUAAUAGACACGGGGAAAGACCAUAAAAUAACCGAAAAAUCCUUCCUGCCACAGACAACUUAUCACAAACAGAAGCCUAACAGCUACAGAAACUCUGGUCUAUGACAAAAAAGACAAUGUACAAAGAUGGCACUACUGCGAGCUUAUUUACAGAAUGAAGGAGGGAAUUCAGGAAGUACUUUGGCAUACAUAGCACCUAAGA